AAUUGAGUUUCCCUUGACACAUCCUCAGUGGAGCAGCCUGUCAGUGGAUGAUAGCAGUGUGCCAUCCAUCCUGGUGUCGGACAGUAUUCAACAGCGCAGCCAUGCCGUCUCUGCGACACUCAUACACGGUGACAGUACCGGAGGAACCGGCCGCUUUCCCCGUAGACAAAGCCGACCUGCGGCGCAAGAGUCCGGCGUUGUCCCGGUCCAUGCUGGUGUCCACAUUCAUGGGACUGAUCAUCAACCAGGCCAAGCAGAACAAGAGUCCUCAAGGCUUGGUUGGGCUGAGGAACUUGGGUAACACGUGUUUCAUGAACUCCAUCCUACAGUGUCUGAGUAACACUCCGGACCUGAGGGACUACUGCCUGAGAAACGUUCACCGCUCAGACCUCAACAACAACUGCAGGUCUAACGCCGCUCUUAUGGAGGAGUUUGCUAAGCUGACUCAGAGCCUGUGGACCUCUGUGAAAGACGAGGCCAUCAGUCCCUCUGAUUUCAAGAGCCAGAUCCAGAGAUACGCUCCCAAAUUUGUGGGUUGCAAUCAGCAGGACGCCCAGGAGUUUCUACGCUUCUUAUUGGACGGUCUCCAUAAUGAGGUGAACAGAGUGACAGUCCGUCCUAAGAUGUCUGUCGAGGACUUUGACCAUCUCUCGGAUGAAGAGAAAGGCAAACGGAUGUGGAAUAUGUAUUUGGAAAGAGAGGACAGCAAAGUAGUGGAUCUGUUUGUGGGACAGCUGAAAAGCUCUCUGACCUGCACUGUCUGUGGCUUCCGCUCCACCGUGUUUGAUCCAUUCUGGGAUCUAUCAAUACCUAUUGCACAGAAAAACUCAGGCGAGGUGAUUCUCAAAGACUGCCUUAGACUCUUCACAAAGGAAGAUGUGUUGGAUGGAGAAGAGAGACCGACAUGCAACAGAUGCAAAGCCAGAAGGAAAUGUACCAAACGAUUCAGCAUCCAGAAGUUCCCACAGAUUCUUGUGCUUCACCUGAAGCGUUUCUCCGACUCAAACAUCCGAUCCAGCAAACUCUCCACUUAUGUCAACUUCCCUCUCAAAGAGCUGGACCUGCGGGAGUUUACUUCAGAGAGCAGCGAGCGUGCCGUGUACAACCUGUAUGCAGUGUCCAAUCACUCGGGAAACGCUCUGGGAGGGCAUUACACAGCUUACUGCAAGAACCCGGGGCUGGGAGAGUGGUACAGCUACAACGACUCCAGGGUGAGCCCGAUGUCUUCCAGCCAAGUUCGCAGCAGCAAUGCCUAUGUCCUCUUCUACGAGCUGGCCGCCUCCCCUCACAGUAAAUAUCAGACAUGUCGACUCUAGACACUGCAGUCGAGUGAUACACUGUUCUGAACUGGGCCUAAAGAUGGAGUCCAUGGAGUCACACUGCCUGCUGGAGGAGAGCUCCACCUAGUGGAGAG